UACAAAGGAGUGCACAUCAAGUGGCCAUUGGUUUAAUAUAUCGGACAAGGAAUGGAGCAAUUAUUCCAUGUGUGCUCGCGAUGAUAUAUAUGUGGGCAGAAUUCGCUACUCGAUUGUGACAAAUGUCAUAUCCAUGUGUACUCUAAUUCCAGCACUUCUUAUAUUCAGUCAUUAUAAACAACUCUCAUCGGUGUCUCGGAUCCGACUCCACAAACAUCUCUUCACAUCCCUCUUCUUCCACGCAUUCAUCUCAUCACUACUGAAAUGGCAUUUACUGUCUGCUGGGGAACAGCACACGAGAACAUCGCAAGUACUGACAUCGCUGUGUCUGAUACUAUCGGUGCUGUUGCGGUACUUCCGGUCGACAACCUAUUUAUGGAUGUUUAACGAAGCGCUGUAUUUGCAUCAACUCAUCAAACACGCCUUCACUCAGCCACCCCUCACACCACUCAUCAUACUGGCCUACAUAUUGCCGGCCACCACCACAUUGACCUACAUUAUCAUACGCGCCAUUACCGACGGCGUCACUAUCAGCCCGGCCAACGAUCUGAUAGCCAUCUCGUCGAUGAGCAAGAACUUAAGCCACGCUAUGGGCGGUUCCCGUAAUUCCUUCAAUGUAUCCCUUAAUGACACUUAUUUGGAGAAACUCAUGGAAGUGAUUGAGGAGUACGAAGACGUGAGUCCUAUCGUCGAAGAGGACAAGUGUUGGCUAAUGCCGUCGCCAAACACUUGGCUCGAGUGGGUCAUCAAUGCCCCCAAUCUGGCCAUCCUUAUUAUGCAACAAAUGGUUGAAAAUAUUUGA